AUGCAGGAGGAGGAGGAUGGGCCUUCAGCAACAGCUGCUGGCGACGGCAGCGGCGGCUUGGAAGAUUGCGGGGAGAGAAAGAGAGAAAGCGCGAGAGAGACUGAGGACGAGGGGGAGGGAGAGGAUGGGGCCUCGCGGCGGAGGGCUGGCGGGUGCUGGUGCACUGUGAAGUCUGACUGUGUGCCCCGCCUCGCCGUCACUGGUCCGGAUCCGAGCGAGGCCCGCAAUUCCCGUGUCCCGACGUCUUGGGCGGCGCGCCAUUGGCUGAGCUGGGCGUCGCAUGGCAAGCUCUCCCGUGGGACCUUCCUUGAGCCGUGGGCCGUGGUAUUCCCCAAACUGAGGAGGGGAAGGAGGCCCGGUCCGAAUGACAUGGUGAGGCUCAAUUACAUCACUGUGAGGUCGGUCAGUCGUCUCCGGGUUCCGUCCAAGGUGAAAGGAGAAAACUUUGGCCAGGAGUCCGAACACCCUCGCCCGAAUCUACCGACGCCGGUCAUCCAGGGGAGGGAACAUCAGGGACGAUUCCAUGACAGCCCUAUCGCCGUACUAGUGCAAGCAGUGCAGGCUGGCCUUGGCUUUUUUUCUGCUGGAGCUGGCUCCGCUGAUAGAGUACCGGAGCCGCGCGGAAAUAAGAGGCACGCUUGCACCAGACACCGAACACCAGACACUGUCCACGUCAUGGAGACUAGGCCAGUUGCCAUCUGUCCGGAGUCUAGACUCCACGCCCUUUCGAGAACGGCGCUGCGGCGCAGGGAGCCGACGAUGAAUGAGCGGUCACCCGAGUGGAAGCCCUCAUCACUUGUGGAUGUCGACAUGUUGGCCAAGAAACAAAGGGGUCCAAGAAGCCUUGGUCUGCUCAGUUCCUUGGUUGAAGUAUCAACUCCGAGUCAUUGGGCUGGAUUACAACAAGAGCGUUUCUUCAUGCUCACUCAGACAGGGACGGAGGCUUCCACUCAUUCAUUUAAAGAGGCGCUGGACGCGGCGAAGCUCCAAGCUGUCCCUCGGAACAAUGGGUUUGUCAGAAAAUUUCGCGGGCGAGUCACCACGGAUGAUACCCUCGAUCGGAGACGAAACUCGUAUGGCGCAGACCACCACCUCCGGCUCAUCCACACCGACGGCCGGGCGGGUACCGAUUGCCGUGCCGCGCCGAUGUGCUUUGCCAAGCCGACUAGUGGCCCGGGCGGAAUCACGUCUUAUGGCAUCAUCAUGGCGAACUUACACCAGCGUUUCUAUAAUGAGGAGAAGCUCAACCUCGAUAGACACGGAGGAGGAUUUGCCAUUGUCAACAUCCACUCCGGCGUCCGGGGCGAUGGCGCAAUUGCGGGAUGUUCGACGGUACGGAGCAACCCCUGCGACCCAUGGCCAAUCACAUUGCACUGUCUUCGUCACGAAAGGUUUAGCGUCGAUGUCGUGAUUGCUCCCAGACCACGCCUCUUGCUUAGAGAUGCAAAUUCCUCAGCGCUUGUUCAAUGCGAUGCUCCAAACAAGCUGCGAUUGCGCAAUAGUUGGGAAGCGGGCUCUCGUCCCUCAGUCCCUCUCUCGGCCUUUGGUUCGAUCGGGGCUCCUUCAUCCUCCUCCCGCCUCUUUAACUCGCGGUGUAAGUUCUGCCUGCCUCAAGUGCCUCUUGUCCUCAUAAAUCAACUACUGCCUUCUUCCUCUUCUCUGAUCCGAGCAUCUGAAUUCACUUUCCCCAGCUUCAGCAUCUUGCGUCAUUUGCCUUUAAUCCAUCUUGUCUCUUGA